UGCUAGUGAGAUUAGUACGCUACAUGUUAAGUCCAGUCACGCACACAGUACAGUACAAUGUGUUAUGUUAAAAUAACUACUAGAGGCUGCCCACUAAGUUGUUUCUUUAGACCCUCUGAAGCAACCCUUUAAAGCCAUUACUCAACCCAGAUAGAUCACCUUGGCUGGGACUGUAUAGGCUAAGGAAUUAUUGCGGCUUUGAAUACAAACAAAUGCUUAGGCUACUAUAAGGUAAUAUAUUGUUACUUUGCUUGACAGACUGUAACAUCUGUUUUUAUACAGACACUAGUGUAGGAGGUCAUGGUAGAUCUGCACUGAUGCAGGCAUGUUUCAAUAUAGUUUCUCCAGACAAGCAGAUUAGACGUUGUAGCCUCCAUCAUGACAACAAUCAUAGUCAGAAUACAGAAUAGGCCUACAGAGAAUACAGACCAGGACAAUAGUCUCUCUCUAGGCCACUACUCGUUCUGUCACUGUCAUGUGGUCUUACAGGCGACAGACAUCCCUCGUGAUUUGAGCUUAUGACCAAUCAUUUUUAUUACAUAUUAAUAUGCUACAUUCCCGCCUUAUACUUGGAGAACAAUGAAAGUCAAAAACAUGGUGUCUCUUUCUGCCUAUCUCCACCAACCUGUCCGCGCGUGACGCAAGGGGAGUAUACUUAAAGCAGGAUUAGCUCUCUACCAACAUUAAACUCAACUGCCCUCCAUUCAAGCACCGCGCGACAUACCGUCCGGCGCGCACGAUCGAAAAUAGGAGGGCUUUCUACUAAUCAGCACUCAGGCUCGCGCGAGCAAAAGUGCUUGGGUUGUGGAGUGAGCUUUUAGCAGAGGCGCAGAAGGUAGAAGGCAUGAGCGAACGCAGAAGCGGUGGGUUACCAAUGCAUUCUCCAGAUAUUGGAGCAUCCGGAGUAAAACACGGGAAACAAUAGAUUCCACGGGAAUUUUGCACAGUGCACGGUGUGCUAUCGUCUCCGAAUGAAUGACCAUGGGGGAGUGGACAAUAUUAGAGCGUCUCUUGGAGGCGGCUGUCCAACAGCACUCGACUAUGAUCGGAAGGAUCCUCCUAACUGUGGUGGUGAUCUUCCGGAUUCUAAUCGUUGCGAUCGUUGGAGAGACGGUCUAUGAUGACGAGCAGUCCAUGUUUGUUUGCAACACCCUGCAGCCCGGCUGUAACCAGGCCUGCUACGACAAGGCGUUCCCCAUUUCCCAUAUCAGAUAUUGGGUGUUUCAGAUUAUUCUGGUGUGCACCCCCAGUCUCUGUUUCAUCACAUACUCCGUACACCAGUCCGCCAAGCAGAAGGAGCGUUUGGAGCGGGGGUACUCCACCGUGUUCCUCUCCUUGGACAAGCGCCACGAUUCCAUCAAAAGAGACGACAGCAAAAAGAUCAAAAACACCAUUGUAAACGGAGUACUUCAGAACACGGAGAACUCCACCAAAGAAGCCGAGCCCGACUGCUUGGAGGUGAAGGACAUCCCAAAUUCGGCCAUGAGAACUAGUGGAAAGUCUAAAAUGAGGAGGCAGGAGGGAAUCUCAAGAUUCUACAUCAUCCAAGUGGUUUUCCGAAACGCUCUAGAGAUAGGGUUCCUGGUGGGUCAAUAUUUCCUCUAUGGAUUCAAUGUCCCCGCGGUAUAUGAGUGUGAUCGAUACCCCUGCAUCAAAGAUGUAGAAUGCUACGUUUCAAGGCCCACGGAAAAGACAGUGUUUCUGGUCUUCAUGUUUGCGGUCAGUGGCGUCUGUGUGCUCCUGAACCUGGCUGAACUCAAUCAUCUUGGAUGGAAGAAGAUCAAAGUAGCUGUCAAAGGCGUGCAGGCCAGGAGGAAGUCCAUCUACGAGAUCCGUAACAAAGACUUGCCUAGAAUGAGCAUGCCAAAUUUCGGCCGCACUCAAUCAAGUGACUCUGCCUAUGUGUAGCUGUCUAUUUCAAUACAACUGAAUGGAACAAUUGUAGCCUACAAAGAAUUGACAUAUAUUUAAUAAUAAUGUGGUAGAUAUUUUAUCUCACCGACUUCGUUUGCGAAGUAGGUCGGGUAUAUGGAUUUUAUUUGUAUUUUAUGGAUAGGUAAAAAAACAAACGGACCAAAACGUUUGCUUGUCAUAUAUAUACACACAUACGAGAAGGCACUGAUGCAACUUUUUACUAUGGUUUAUCCUAUAUUUUGUAAAGUGCUUCUUAAAAGCAUUUAAUUUGUUUUCACAUAUUCACUCUGUCGUUCACUUCAGCGGUUGAACAUGGAGCAAAUACUUGCACUAAAUAUGAAUAAUAAGGCAAAAUAUAUCCGAUUUGUGCUGUGAAGUCUUUUAAUGACAUUCUACCGGUUUUAAACUCCACAUACCAUUAUAGGCACGAAACACACACAUUGUUUGGCAGUUUUAUUGUCAAUAUUCCUCAAAUGUACACAAAUGCAUAUUCAUUCUUCUAGUGGGCUAGAUCACUCAUUUCACAUAUUUGUCAGAUAGAUCAAUGACAGCACUAUAAGUUGUUUUGGUUGACCUGAGUUUGCACCAUUGACCUUAACCUAUGUGAUCACUCCAUUAGGGGAAUGUGCUGCAAAUGCUGACUUUUUUCUUUACUUUUUAUUUACACCCAAGCGCCCAUUCCUUUUAUUUGUGGGGAAAUUGAUUUUCAUGUCAUCAAGUGCCAUAUAUGUACAUAAAUAUAAACAUGACCAUAUCUAUAAAGUUUUCCCUUCAUCGUGAAAGCUUUAAUUCCAGUAAAGGCCGUUGUCAUCUUUGAUUUGAAUCACUGUGGUUUCUAUGUAAAUGGUAUGCUACUAUAUUAUUAUCUCUGGUUUCAUUUGCAACAUACAAAAAUAAACAACCUUUGCAUAUUCAAAAA